GGGUGACAGAACAAGACCCUGUAUCAAAAAAAAAAAAAGGAAAAAACCAACUUAAUUUUCAUUUCUACCUCCAUCCCCUAGACAACCACGAAUCUACUUUCUGACUCUAUAACUUUGCCUAUUCUGGACAUAUCAUAUAAAUGAAAUCUGACAAUAUAUGGUGUUCUAUGUCUGGCUUGUUUCACUCAGCAUAAGGCUGUGGUGUAUAUGGGUAGCUCAUUACUUUUUAUUGCCAAAUAGAACUCCAGUAUAUGGAUGUGCCACUUUUUUAAAUUCACUCACCAGCUGAUGGGCUGCCAGGUGACAUUUCCACUGUUGGCGACUAUGACCAACACUGCUGGGAACAUUUAGGACUGAGUCUUUAAUUGGACCUGAGUUUCCACUUCUCUUAAGUAAAUACCUAUGGUGGAAUUGUUGGAUCGCAUGGUGAAUUUAUGUUUAACUUUUUAAGCAACUGCCACCUGCUUUCCAAAGCGGGGGCACCACCUCCCAUUAUUCUCACAAGCAGCAAAUGAGGCCCCUGUUUCUCCACAUUCUCGCCAACCAUAGGCAUUGUCUGACUUUUUGCUUGUGGCCAUUCUAGUGGAUGUGAAAUCAUAUCUCAUCGUGCCCCAUGAUUGUUUAAAUGAACUAAGAGAUCACCCGUGAAACUGGACAGCACUUGGGUUUGAACCCUGGUGGUGACAUUUCACAAGCUGUAUCACCUGGAACAAGUGACUUCACCAUGGUGAGGGACAAGGAUAUGACAUAAAAGCGUUGCUCUAGAAGCAAAGUGUCUGCUACGGAUUAUGUGCCCACAAAAAGGCAGCUGCUGUCAUCAUCGCCACCACUGCUAUUAUUAUUAUUAUUGUCACCCCAGAGAUAAUCCUGAACCAGUGACAGAGAAAAUAGCAGCUGGCAUCAGCUGCCCACUCACCACCACGUGCCAGGCUUCUGUCAAAGCACUCAACAUGUAUUAGUAAUCUUUUAAUCUACCUACAUAUUGUUUUAAUUUGCAUGUGUUAAUGCAUUGAUCUAUGAGAUGACUACUAUGACGAGCUCUGUUCUGUAGGGGAGAAAGCAGAGACAUGGAGAAUUUAAGUCAUUUCCCCCAAAUCACAAAGUCGGAAAGGAACAGACCUCACGGAGCUCGCUCUCUGUCAUUGCAUCACACUUCCUGCCCUUACAAGGCAAAUUGGAUAAGUGCCAUUCUAGAGAAGCAGACAAAAUUCAAGUGGAGAAGAGGGGAGGGGAAGACGUUGACUGGGGCCUGUUUAGAGCAUCCCAGCUGAGGCUGCAUGAGAAGGGAGGCACGCAGUUGUGGAAUUUUCUCCCCUUUUUGCAUACUGACCAGCCCUGGCAACGGAGCUCAAGGCAUCUUUGUGCCACUGCUCAACAGUGAGUGACGUCAUGGGCACGGCCAGGUCUUUAUCAGUUCUGCCAGAUAAAUAGCCAACUGCACUAGGUCUGGAGAGACAGCAAGGUGCUGUGCGGCGGAGCAUUUGGGUCUCAAAGAAGCAGGUGAGCCUGGGUCCGAGGGGCUGGGUGGAGGAGCAUCUUGGUGCUUCUCCGCUGGGGAAGAGACAGGGGACAGGGCAUGCUUAGGAAGACAGGCAGGCUGACCCCGCCUGGAAAGCACCUGGAGACAAGAGGGGUGGGCAUGGUGACCACGUGCCCUUUUGGGUGAGAUGGUGCUGGCCAGAGGCAGGAAGGCCCCCCACCAUCAACUCCAUGUCUCUCUCACCAGUGGCCACCACCAUGGGUGCAGGCCCCGACCAGUCCUAUUUCUCUGGCAAUCACUGGUUCGUCUUCUCGGUGUACCUCCUCACUUUCCUGGUGGGGCUCCCCCUCAACCUGCUGGCCCUGGUGGUCUUUGUGGGCAAGCUGCGGCGCUGCCCGGUGGCUGUGGACGUGCUCCUGCUCAACCUGACCGCCUCCGACCUGCUCCUGCUGCUGUUCCUGCCCUUCCGCAUGGUGGAGGCGGCCAGUGGCAUGCGCUGGCCCCUGCCCUUCAUCCUCUGCCCUCUCUCCGGAUUCAUCUUCUUCACCACCUUCUAUCUCACCGCCCUCUUCCUGGCAGCUGUGAGUGUUGAGCGCUUCCUGAGCGUGGCCCACCCACUAUGGUACAAGACCCGGCCGAGGCUGGGACAGGCGGGUCUGGUGAGUGUGGCCUGCUGGCUGCUGGCCUCUGCUCACUGCAGCGUGGUCUACAUCGUGGAAUUCUCGGGGGACACCUCCCACAGCCAGGACACCAAUGGGACCUGCUACCUGGAGUUCCGGAAGGACCAGCUAGCCUUCCUCCUGCCCGUACGGCUAGAGAUGGCCAUGGUCCUCUUUGUGGUCCCCCUGAUCAUUACCAGCUACUGCUACAGCCGCCUGGUGUGGAUCCUCGGCAGAGGGGGCAGCCACCGCCGGCAGAGGAGGGUGGCGGGGCUGGUGGCAGCCACACUGCUCAACUUCCUUGUCUGCUUUGGGCCCUACAACAUGUCCCACGUUGUGGGCUAUAUCUGCGGUGUAAGCCCGGCAUGGAGGACCUACGUGAUGCUUCUCAGCACCCUGAACUCCUGUGUCGACCCCUUUGUCUACUACUUCUCCUCCUCCAGAUUCCAAGCCGACUUUCAUGAGCUGCUGAGGAGGCUGUGUGGGCUCUGGGGCCAGUGGCAGCAGGAGGGCAGCGUGGAGCUGAAUGAGCAGAAGGGAGGGGAGGAGCGGAGAGAGGACCGUCCAGCUGAAAGAAAGAGCAGUGAACACUCACCGGGCUCUGGAACUGGUGGCCAGGUGGCCUGUGCUAAAAGCUAGGUCCUCUGCGGCAGGAGGGUGUAGCUGGCAUGUCAUCCUCAGGGCACUUUCUCGCUCACGCCAGGGACUUGGAGUGGUGAGCUGGGGCCCGAUGGGGCUUGGGGGCAGAAUAGACAUCUAGCCUUCCUAAGGGUGUGCGCACUAAAGCCCAGCUCUCUAUCUCACCUCCAUCCCCAUCCACCCACACACCAUGGGAAGGGGUCAGGGUGAGAGGCUGCUCUGGAGAACAAUGAGGUUCUUGUAGCAGCAGGCAGCUCUUGUGCUUUUUUGAGGGUGGCAGAGGAGCUAAGAGCAGUGCCCAGGGUCUGAGGGGGCUGCCCAGUGAGUGGCAGGG